UAACCUUGUCUCUCUCUUUCUCUCUCCACAGUGGACACACACACCCCCUUUCAUCUUGGCUUGUACGCUGUUAAACUCUGCCAAAACUCCACUAUCCACCAUUUACACUGCAACAACCUAACAACUCACAGCACUCAAACCCUUUUUUCUCUCUCUCCCACAUCCCAUCCAAUCCCAUCCAUCAUCUUCUUCAAUCUCACAUCCAUCCAUUAGACCCAUACCUUCUAAGAAAAUAUCUCAUCUUGAUGUAAAAUCCUUCAAUUAUUUCACCUAAACUCUUUAACCCAUCAAAUAACCCCAAAUAACAUUUUCAAAAAAUAAUAAAAAAACAAAACCCCCUUCAAUAACACUAAUAAUGGACAUAGAAAGACCUCAUAGAACAACAAGCACACCCACAACAACAAGUGAACUCUUCAUUUGCUUCACUUCUCGCCUUUCAAAAUCUUCUUCCAUGCGCCUUUCCUCUAAAUCAAUCCACAGUCCAGGCCGUACCACCGUCGACAAAUCUCAACCACUUUCUCUCUCCUCCUCCCUCAGCCGCCGUCUCCGCCACAACGGCAGUUUGCGAGGCGCACAAUCACCCGCCAUGUUCCCUUCCAAGAAAACCAAAGGAAGUUCUGGUUUUGCAGACAACCCAGAACCUUCUUCCCCUAAAGUCACCUGCAUUGGUCAAGUGAGAGUGAAAACUAAGAAACAAGGUAAAAAAAUGAAGAUGAGAGCUUGUCGUAGUAGUAAGAGAUUGAGCGGAGGAAGUGGAGGGGAAGCGAGUUUUCGUCGGAUUGAGUUAACUCAACAACAACAACAUCAACAUCAACAUCAACAACAACAACCGAUUCAAGAUAGAAAUAAUAAUAAUCAGAGGUGGGUUCAUCUUCCAUUGACGAUUUGUGAGGCGUUGAGAGCUUUUGGGUCGGAGUUUAGCUGUUUGUUUCCUUGUAAAUCUUCAUGUUUUAGUAGUGGGUUAUGUGGAGGUGAAAAAGGGGGGAAAAUGGAGGAGAGAGAAAAUGGUGGUUCUUCUUCUUCGAGUUCUUGUGCUGUUUUUAGGUGGUUGGUUUCUUUGCAAGAAGGAGAAGGAGAAGGGAAGAGGAGAGAUAUAGAGUUAGUUGUUGGAGGAGAGGAGAAUGAAGAUAAAGUCAGAGGAGAUAGAAUGAUGAUGGAGAGAGAAUGUUCAAGGAGGAGGUCGAUUUUUGAUGAUAUGGAGUUUGAUGAUUUGUUUGGUAAUAAUAAUGUGAAGAAUGAGAGUGAGAUGAUGAAUAAUAAUGAUGAGAAUGAAGAUGAUGAUGAAGAAAGUGGUGGUAGAGUUAAUAUUGUUGUUCCUCCUAAAAAUGCACUUUUGUUGAUGAGGUGUAGAUCUGAUCCUAUGAAAAUGGCUUCUCUUUCUCGUAAAUUGUGGGACCCUGUUCUUCCUCAAGAUGAUGAUGAGGAGGUUGAAGUUGAAGAGGAGAGAGAAAAAUAUGUGAAACUUGAGGAGGAGAUUAAACUGGAGGAGAAAACUGAGGAGGUUAUUGAAAAAGAGGAAAUUACAGAGGAGAGAGAAAAAUUGGAUGAGAUGUUGCAUGAUUUGGUUGUGCUUGAGUCACAUUCUGAAGAUUUACCAGAUUUUUCUGGAGAAGAAGAGGAAAUUCAAGUGGAAGAAGAGCAGAAAAUGGAAGAAGAAGAUGAAAAGUUAGAGGAAGAAGAACAAGAAACAGAGGAAAAACAGAGCAUAGAAAACCCAGAAGAGCAACAAUGUGAGAUUAUUACAGAAGAAGAAACCCAGUUGUUGAUUGAAGACGAGAUUCAGCGUGACGGGUGUUUAAUCGAGACGACAAUUACAGCUAAAGAGAAUGUUGAAUUCAGUGAAAAUGAGCAAGAUUUGGAGCAAAAUGAAGAAGAAAUGAAGGAGGAAGAAGAGAGAGAAAUGUUAGAAUUCAAUUCAAUUCUUCAAGAAGAAGAGGAGAGAGAAAAUGUAGGUCAAGAAAGUAGUGACAUUUCUACAUCUUCAACAUCAUCAUCUUUAAAUUCUUCAGAAGAGUCAACAGCAGAGUCAAAACCAGAAGAAAAAAACCCAGUUGAAGUAGAACAAGAACAAGAAGAAGAAGAAGCAAGAAAGUCAAUGGAAGAAGAAGAAAAAGAGGAGAGAGAAAACAAGAAGCCAACUUUACCAGAUUGUUUACUGUUAAUGAUGUGUGAACCAAAAGUAUCAAUGGAGGUAUCCAAAGAAACAUGGGUUUGUAGUACGGACUUCAUCCGAUGGUUACCAGAGCGCCACCACAACAAAAGGGUAAACAAAACGGACGGUCCAGAUGAUUCCACAACCAAGAAAAAACCGGCGCCAGUGGUCCCACCACAGCCGGUUAAACAGAGGUUUGAACCGGCGCCGGUUCAGCCGGGAAGGUCGUCGAUUUCUUUCCCAGCUGGUGGCGGCUCAGUGGCUAACUUGAUUGAGCAGAAACUGGUGAAAGGCGGCGGCGGCGGUGGCGGCGGCUAUGAGCCGUUUAGUUUGACAAGGUGUAAGUCGGCGCCGUUAAGAUCAUCGGCUAAGGUGGCGGCGCCGGAGAUGGCUUGCAGCUUGUGGGGUAGAGAGAAUGGGAGGAAGCUUGAGCCGCAUCGUCCGGCUACGUUUGGGGUUGGCGCGGCUGGGGUUGGGUUCUGAAUUCUGAUUAGAUCAACGGUUGAGAUUGAGUAUGAGUUUCUGGCACGUGGCGAGUGGUAUUUGUCCGUUGUGGCAGAAAAUUGUUGGUAAUGGUAUGGCAAGUUGGCAGGUUUUUUGUUUGUAAAUUCUAUUUUAAUCUUAUUAGAUUUUAUUUUAGUUUACUAGUACUAGUUAAUUUUUUGGGUGAUUAGAGUUUUACUUUACUGGUUGAGAUUGUAGAUUGGGAGUAUUAAGUAAUAGUAUUAGGGUUGGUUGUUUAAUUAAAUUAGCUUGAUGUUAUGGGCUCUUUUAGACCGUUGAAUGACAGAGUAGGGUAUAUUUACA